AGAGAGAGAUGGAGCCGGGUGUUGCGGUUGCGAUGAUGAGGCGCUUCGGAAUCUUCAAAUUCACUGCCCAGAGCUUGGAUGUCAUGUCACGUGCACCCCGCGACGGCAGACCGUCAGCCACACCUCCCACGGCGCCAGAAGAACCCCAGCUUUGCUGUGCUUCGAGGCUGCGCCUGCUGCGCCCUCGACCGAGUGUCCCUGGGCCGUCGUCGCGGCUUCGCUGCGCCCCUGUGCGGUUGCGUCGCCCGCCGCGCCCUCACCCGGCGUGCCUCGAGCCAAUCAAACGAGGCUUACAAUCACGACGCUUGACGGACAUCGCUGCCGCUCCCAUACGCCACUGCGCAACCUCCAAGUCCACCACCCCAUAUACCCCAACAUCCACCUUCUGCCAGCAUCCUCGCCCUGCACAAUGGCCGCCACCAAGCCAUUGACGAUGCUGGCCCGCGCCCGCCCAUCGACCCAGCUGCUGCGCCAGCACAACGCCUCGCCCGCCGCCGCCCUCUUCUUCUCCACCAGCGCACCGCGCGCCGCCCUGCCCUCCGGCCCGCCCCCCGCCGGCUUCCGCCUCCCGCCUCCCAAGCGCUGGGAUCAGGAUGCCGAGAGCUCGCUCGACAAGGCGGGCAAGUACUUCCUGCUGUCCGAGAUGAUGCGCGGCAUGUACGUCGUGCUCGAGCAGUUUUUCCGGCCACCAUACACCAUCUACUACCCCUUCGAAAAGGGUCCCAUCUCUCCCCGCUUCCGCGGUGAGCACGCCCUCCGUCGCUACCCCACCGGUGAGGAGCGUUGCAUUGCCUGCAAGCUCUGUGAGGCCAUCUGCCCGGCGCAGGCCAUCACCAUCGAGGCCGAGGAGCGUGAAGAUGGUAGCAGGCGUACCACCAGAUACGAUAUCGACAUGACCAAGUGCAUCUACUGCGGUUUCUGCCAGGAAAGCUGCCCUGUCGACGCCAUUGUCGAGUCGCCCAACGCUGAAUAUGCGACGGAGACCAGAGAGGAGCUGCUCUACAACAAGGAGAAGCUGCUGUCGAACGGUGACAAGUGGGAGCCUGAGCUUGCGGCCGUGGCGAGGGCCGAUGCUCCUUACAGGUAAACCGGUAUUAGCAAUGGCGUAAAAGUGCAGUGGGGGAACAGCAAGUAGAUGUACAUACUGUAGCACCACAGCCGUCGCACUGGCGAAGUUUGUCGUUCCG